UCAGAGUGUUCAGUCAUUUUGAAUAAAACUUCAAGCAAUUUCCACUUUGGUAGUCCACUAGAUACAUAACUUCAAGUUAACAGGAUUAAAGAAACAACACUAUGAACGCAGUUCCUCUCCCGGCGUCGCAAUUUGCCCUGACGGUUAACACUUUAUCAUGUUUGAUGUCUAUGACCAGCCCAAACUUCGACAGUAACGGUCGGAGAAGUUACGAAGGGUUUCAGGUUUUAUCAAUUUCCAACGUGUCUUCGCAAAACGAUGUAUUGGGCAUUCAACAAGCAAAUAUUCUUCAACAACUGUACAGUUCCAACAAGCUUUUUAAUUUUCUCGGUGAAGAUCCGAACAGGAACGGUCCCACGGAUGUCAUGAUAUGCCCCGAACAGGCAAACAACGUCAAGAAUUUGCUAUCUACAUUCGGUAUCCCUUUCACUGUGCAAUCUGAGAACUACCAACAAAAUAUUGUCUCACACGAAAACGAAAACAACCUAAUUCUCGCCGAAUCUGGGGGUAACAUGAACUGGAUAGCGUACCAGAGAUUUGCAACGAUUCAAAGCUGGAUGGAUUCCAUGGCGAGUAAAUAUCCCAAGAUUGUAACCCUCGAGACGUACGGCUCAAGCAGUGAAAAAAGGCCAAUGCGAGUCAUUAAAAUUUCUGCCACGGGUAACGAUGGGAGUAAGCCAAUUGUGUGGUUAGAUGGAGGAAUUCAUGCUCGUGAAUGGAUAUCUGUCGCUACGGUCACAUACAUGGCAAAUGAAAUAAUUAAUCGCGCCGUAAGCGGCGAUAGGAACGACCUGAUUAACAAGGUCGACUGGUACAUCGUUCCCAACAUGAAUCCUGAUGGGUAUGAAUACACAUUCACUAACGACAGAUUGUGGCGUAAAACUCGAUCCAAGGCUGUAAAUUCAACCUGUUACGGAGUUGAUCCAAACAGGAACUGGGAUUUUAAAUGGGGCGGAAAAGGAACAUCAAACGAUUCAUGCGAGAUUACAUAUCGAGGCCCACGACCCGCAUCUGAACCGGAAGUGGCAUCUUCCCAAAAAUACAUUUUGAGUAUUAAGAACAGAAUUAAGUUAUUUCUAACUUUUCACAGCUACAGCCAACUACUUCUCCUGCCUUGGUCGUAUGAUAAUGUUCUCAUACCUGACAAGAGUGAUCUAGAGAAGGUUGCCAAACAAGGAGCCCAGGCCUUGGAAGCGGUUAACGGGACGAAGUACAUUGUCGGCCCGACACCACAGAUUCUAUAUUCUGCUGCGGGAACAUCAAAUGACUGGGUCAAAGGCGUAGCCAACAUCAAAUUUGCGUACACCUAUGAAUUACGUGAUACCGGGAAAGACCGAUUUCUUCUACCGCCUAAUCAAAUUAUUCCAUCUGGUAAAGAAACUUUUGUGGGUGUAACGGCCAUGGUACAGGGUGUGAUGGAUUGGUUCAAAAUCAAUUGAAGAUCUAAUUACACAAAAAUAAUGGAUUAAAUGAUACAUACAAGGUCUGUAACUCAGAUUUCGAAUUAAUAAAUAGAUCAGUGUUUCAGAAUCGCUCAAAACUUA